UUUCAGAAGCACUACUAUCAGCCAGGAUUCACUAUGGUUGGCGGUGGGUGGAUGACAGUGGAGCAGAAUACUAGGCGAGAAAAGGAUCUUAUUCAUCCAAAAUCGGUGUGGAUUCAGGAUCAAGUUGUAAAGUUCGAGCCGAAAAAGAACUUGGUGAAGUUAAAGAAUGGUGACGAGAUCACAUAUGAUUAUAUGGUGCUGGCCACAGGUGUGCAGCUCCGUUGGGACAUGAUUAAAGGCCUACCGGAGGCUCUUGAAACUCCUGGUGUCACUUCUAACUAUUCUCCAUUACACUUCAAAAAAGUAAUCGCUAUUUUUCAGUCUGGUAACUGUAUAUUUACCUUCCCAAACACCCCUAUCAAAUGUGCUGGAGCUCCACAAAAAGUGUGCUAUUAUGGUGAGGACAUUGUACGUAGUCGUGGUUACCGUGACAAGACCCACUUCAUCUACGCAACGUCUUUGCCAAGGCUUUUUGGAAUAGAAGCCUACUUGAAUUCGUUGAACGCAAUUGCUAAAUCAAAGGAUAUCGAUGUGCGGACGAGACAUAGUUUGGUUGAAGUGGAUACGAAGAAUAAAAUUGCCAAAUUCGAAUUACUUGACGAGAACUGCGUACCGAACGGGAAAAUCUCAGAAAUACCGUACUCAUUGCUGCAUAUUGGACCACCAUGUUCUACUCCACCGGCUGUACGAGAGUGUCGUGAGCUGACCGAUGAAAAAGGCUGGGUUGAUGUGGACCCUCAAACGUUACGAUCAAAACAUUUUGCAAAUGUAUUUGCCGCGGGAGAUUGCAUGAAUACGGGCAAUGCUAAAACGGCUGCUGCAGUAUCAAGCCAUCUGAAGACGCUUGACAAGAAUCUCACUGCUGUUUUGGAAGGAAAAGAACCACCAGCACAAUACGAUGGCUACGCUUCUUGCCCGAUAGUUGUUAGCAGAAGCAAAGCCAUCCUUGCCGAAUUCCGGCCUGAUGGACAACGAAUGGAAACUACACCAUUUAAUCAAAGUGUGGCCAGACGGCAUCCAUGGUACAUGAAACGCUAUCUGAUGCCAUUCCUCUACUGGCGAUUUCUGGUCAAAGGACGAUGGAAUGGACCCGCUACAAUUCGAAAAAUGAUGCAUUUAUGGGGAUUAUUACCGAAAGUGAAAUGA